UUUUAAUAAAAUUCAAAUUCAAAACAAAAACUUACCAUCCAUGCUUGUUAAAUGAUUAAAUAAAAUUAUCCGCGUGUUUUCUAUCAAACAGACUGAUCUAUCCACAGAUGACAGAAUUUUUUUUACCGAAUUAAUUAAUCAUGAGUUCAACAUCAAAAUAUGCUAAUCUACCAUUCAUUGCAUCCGGUGAACCUGAUGUAUAUGAAACGGAUGAUCUUCCCGAAGCUGAUCGUAUUCAACAACAACAGCAACAACCAAUCCAAGAUGCAUCGAUCGAAAUUAUACCAUCGAAUAGUGUUGAUGCAUUCAAUAAAUUUGCUGUUGCUGAUUCACAUCAAUCAUUAUCUGAAUCGACAAAUAAAUCUGAAUCAAAUGUUUCAUUAGUUGAAAAAUAUAAACAAAUUAAGGCUGAAAUUGAAGAUCUUAAACAUUCGAUUCAAUCGAAUGAAAAAUCUCAAUCUGACGGUGAUUCAUUACCUAAAGAUAUUGAAAAUUUAUUUACUAAUCUGUCGAAUCUACAUGAUGUUUGUUUCAAAAAACUUGACACAUCACAAUUGGUUAAAGAUAUUGGCCGUGUAUCAUUGGAUAAUACCGGCAAUAAUGAACCAAUUAUCUAUGAAUUAUAUCAAAAACCUGAUAAAGAAGAAAUUUUAGAAUUGGCUCGUAUCAAUGCAUUGGAACAACGAAUGAAAAAAAUCGAAUCAACAUUAGGCCUUAAUGAAACAAUCAAAGAUUCAUCACAUCCAUUACUAAACAAUUAUUUAAAUGAUCAAUCAAUCAUGGAUAUUGUAAUCAAUUUAAGUAAUAAAAUUGUUCAACUUGAUUAUUCAUCAUUAGAUCGUAUGGAUGCACGUCUUCAAUUAAUCAUUGAUAAAUUGAAUCAAAUUCAGGAUAAAAAAUCCACAUUAACGGAAUUGGAUAAAGAAGAUAAAUUGAAUGAAAUUUAUAAUCAUUAUGUAAAAAUUGAUCAAAAUCGUCCUUUAUUGCCAAACAUUUUGGAACGAUUACAAGUUUUGAAUGAUUUACAAGAUCAUGCUUCCAGAUUUUCCAAUACAAUGACGGCAAUGGAAACAAUGCAAAAUGAAAUCAAAACUACAUUGGAUAAUAAUAAUCAAAAUCUUAAAAAUCUUCAAGAAAUGUUUGAUAAAGUUACCAACAUUCAACAUGUUGUUGAUGAUUUUCAAAAUCGUUUGGAUAAGAUUAAAAAAUCAUCAUCUCAAUAAUUAAAAACACAGAAAAAAAUCUUAUAAA